AUGGCGGCUAUAAUAUCCAAACUAAAAAGCAGCACUGCUAGCAAUCCGCCGUCAUUAGAAAGCAACCCAAUAUUGCAGUACUUUGAAGUCGGGAAGGAAAGCAGCUGUGCUGGACCUGGACUGGUUUGGAGAGUUCAUGACGCAUACAGGAAGAGCGACGGCAAGGAAUGCUCUGUGUUUGUUUUCGACAAACGCAUUGCGGAUAAACUGUAUAAGCCGAAAAGGAAGGACAGCAUACUAGAUCGGAUAAAAGCAUGCGUCAUAACUCUCGACAACAUGCGUCAUCCAAGAAUGCUCCAAAUCAUACAUUCGCUUGAAGAAAGUCACCACACCCUAGCAUUUGCGUCAGAAUGUGUGUUCGCCAGUCUUCAUAACAUCUUGGCGUGGCACGUGUCCGUGUCGCAGGAGGCAUCACCGACACCCCCCAGCAUGGGGUCCCCAGUGUUGCCCCACCCAAUAUCACUGGGCCCCCCGACGGCCCAAUUGAUACAGACCCCGCCGCAGCAAAGACCGCCUUAUGCCAGAGAAUACCACUUCCUUGACAUCGAAUUACGCUUUGGAUUGCUUCAGAUAAUCGAAGCCCUCAACUACUUGCACUACACUGCAAGACAGAUACAUCGGAACAUCUGCCCUCAGAUAAUCAUUGUUACCAAACGUGGGACUUGGAAGCUGUUCGGACUGGAAUUUGUCGAAAAUAUAGCUCAUGAUCCGUUGGACAUGGUGAGCGUGCCGCCGUGGUCCAUAAAGGUGGCGAAGAUAUGUCAACCAAACCUCGAUUAUUUGGCCCCCGAGGUACAACUCAGCGGUCACUGCAACAUCCUAUCUGACAUGUUCUCAUUGGGACUGAUUAUUUGCGCCUUAUUCAAUCAAGGCAAGUCACUGCUGCAGACAAACAACAAUCCCAUGCUGUAUCUAAGACAGAUUGAGUUUUUGGAUCAGCAAGUGAAUGCGAUGCUGCCUGGCGUACCAUCCGGCUUGCAGGAAGCAGUCCAGCGCCUCCUCUCUCGGGACCCACAUCCUCGCCCUACCACUCAGUUGCUGCCGCUUAUCAACUUCUUUAAAUGCCAGAGUGAACCAGCAAUCCAGGCAAUGCAGUUCUUAGACGUCAUUACUAUCAAAGAUCCUGUACAGAAGAGCAACUACUACCGCGGACCUUUGUUAGAAGCUCUUCCGUUUAUACCAAAGAAACUUCGAUGGCAACUCAUCUGGCCAGCGAUUCAGUUGGAACUAAGAACAUCUGAAGUGUUGGCGUCAGUCCUAAUACCAAUCAUGUGGAUAACGAACGAGGCUACUCCUGAAGAGUUUGAGGAGUUCAUCAUGCCAGCAUUGAAGGGCAUGGAAUUUCAAAAUCUCAUGAAUUCAACAAAAACGGUCCCAGCCGUUGUUACUUUUUUGGAAAACUUACAUAUUGUAAUGCGCAAAUGCUCUAUUGAAGAUAUCAAUAAAGAAAUUUUACCGCUACUAUAUUUUGCCAUGGAUAACAGUAGCAGCCUGGUGCAGACUUCAUCGUUGAUUGCAAUUCAGAAUACAGCGGACUUGCUUAGUGACAAAGUAUUGCAUUAUAUUAUUUUGGGGAAAGUCAAGAUGUUAUUGGAAAAGAAUCAGAGCGAUGUUAAAGUAAUUAGUCUCAUUCUUGGUAUCUACGAAAAGGUGCUUACACGCCUUGAACGGAAUCAUAUUCUAGAGGCUGUUAUUCCGACACUAUUAGCUAUGAGACUCAGUGACCCGGAUAUCAUAACCCGAGUUGUCAAGUUAUAUAAAUCUAUGCUGGUAGAAAAGAAAUUCGGAUUGACAACAAACGUUAUGGCUACCAAGAUGAUACCAUCAUUGGCCCCACAGACAAUUAACCCUACAUUGAGUAUUGAACAAUUUUCGAGCCUUAUGGAGAUUUUAUACGAUAUGCUGGAGAACAUUAAUAAGUAUCAGCGUGGAAAGUUGAAGUCCGAAAAUGUUGCUGCUCCCAGCCCUGAACGUAGGGCCUUACGCCACCAAAUUAGCACUGAUAACAUGAACGCACCGCCGUUUAAUAUACCCAACUUGCGCGUCGAACAACGCAAGACAUCUAGCGCCGAAGACAUGGCCCGCAAGAAUUCAGUCACUGCACCCCCUCCUACUACUAGCGCAACUGGCAGCACAACCGGUUUUAAGAGUACAGGUAUUGGACAGUGGUUCUUUGGAUCGAGCAAUUCGACAAACAAUGAUAGCAACUUUUUGCGCGUAGCAAGCGUAUUCCCGAACCGCCGCUUAUCUGAUAACACUUUAAUGACACCAAAAAUUAGAAUUGCUCCGUCAUGCGCUUCUUCCCCCGGUGGCACCCCUGGCAGUACAACUGGUUUGCCAACACGUCGUCAUUCUAGCAUUGGACCUCAGGAACGCCGUGGGUCUGCUGUGAACCUGUCACCACCGACAGUUCACCAGUACAGGGGGCGAGGCGGGUCAGGCUCAAGCCUAUCCGUGCCUUCCACCUCGCAUUGCGUUCUUGCACGGAGCAUGAUCGGUGGAUCGAUGCCAAAUACUUCGUCCAGCGUCCCAUUCUUGCUGACAUCAUCAAUGCAGUCUAUUCGGUCUCGACGACCUUCAGCGUGCCUCAGCGGCUCCCAAGGCUCCAGCAUCUUGCAGCAGAUCAGCAGCGGCAUGGUAAGGCACUUGCCGGCAGGCUCCCAUUGCAAUGUACCGCACGCCCAACAGCCCUGGGGGACGUUGCAGGGCGCCACGUCAGCCGGCUACAGCGCUUUGCGGCACACGGCGAUGGCAGUCAGGAAGUGCCCCUCACUUAAUAUCACUCUAACGCGUUAA